UCUUGCAGACACUCUCUUUUGGGCUGUAUGUGUGUGUGUCUACCCAUGUAUGUGUGCAUGCGCCUCUAUGGCUCUUACUUCUGGGAAAAAUUGAAGUGGCGGCCAUAUGCUUGGCUCUUAAUUUUCCAUAUCUCACGUAUUUUUUAGAGAGGCCGGACACACACCUCAAUGGGAAGUUCUCACUUGCUAAACAAGAGUUUGCCUCUAGCCUGAGAGCUGGGCAGAAAAAGGGAACUCUUUCUCCUCCCCACCCCCACCCCUUGGCCCUAGAAACACAUUGAGUUGAGAUCAUAAUUCCGGCAACGAAAAAAAAAUAGAUUUUUUUUUUUUAAAAGAACUUUCCAAGAGAAGGGGAAUAAAAUCUGAUCUGGUGAAGGGAAAUUUUACUGCUGGGUUCAGGAAAAAAUAUGACUGCAGCAGCUGAGACAGAGAGAGGAAACUAAAGGGAAAUUGGUUUCAAUUUUCCGAAUUUUUUUUUUUUUUUUUUUUUUUUUUUUAAACAUUUCUGUGGAUUUAUUCGUUUUAAUGUUUCCCAAGAUUGUGAUGGCCUUUUGGAUAUGUUGAAAAGUACAGUCAGUGUCGCUUCCGAUCGGCGUACCCUGCAGUGAUUGAGAUGAGUUGCCGCUUGUGAUAGGAUCUGGACGAGUGUUGCAUUUUUUUUUUUUUAUUAUAAUUUUUUUUUUUUUUUUUUUUUUUUUUACAAGAGAGGAUAUUUGCCUAUGGUAUUUUGUUGCGGAAAACACUUAGGGCCGGUGGUAUCGGUUUUGGGCCUCUUGGACAGCAGGCGGAUCUCGUUGGCUUGAAAGAUAACCUGUGAUCUCAAGUUCUUCGGAAGGAAAUUGCCUCUAGUGGUGUUUUUUUAGGUGCUUAGAAUGCACGGCUGGAACUUUUUCCCUUUGGCGGCUGAAAAAUGCAUUCGACCUCCAAUAAUGAACGGGCCCAUGCACCCGCGCCCCCUGGUAGCCCUGCUGGAUGGCCGGGAUUGUACAGUAGAAAUGCCCAUCUUGAAGGAUGUUGCCACUGUGGCUUUCUGCGAUGCACAGUCCACACAAGAAAUUCACGAAAAGGUACUAAAUGAAGCAGUGGGCGCUCUGAUGUAUCACACGAUCACUUUAACGCGAGAAGACCUGGAGAAGUUCAAGGCUCUUCGAAUAAUCGUCCGAAUCGGAAGUGGGUUUGAUAAUAUCGACAUCAAGUCAGCUGGAGAUCUAGGUAUUGCAGUAUGUAACGUGCCGGCCGCGUCCGUGGAAGAGACGGCCGAUUCCACCAUGUGCCACAUCUUGAACUUGUACAGAAGAACCACGUGGCUGCACCAGGCGUUACGGGAGGGCACCCGGGUACAGAGCGUGGAGCAGAUCAGGGAGGUUGCGUCCGGAGCCGCGCGGAUCCGGGGGGAGACGCUAGGCAUAAUAGGACUGGGUCGUGUCGGACAAGCGGUUGCCCUCCGUGCGAAAACCUUCGGUUUCAAUGUCAUUUUCUAUGACCCGUACCUCUCGGAUGGGAUCGAGCGGGCGCUCGGUCUUCAGAGGGUCAGCACCCUGCAGGACUUGCUGUUUCACAGCGACUGCGUAACGCUCCACUGCAGCCUAAACGAACACAACCACCACCUUAUUAACGAUUUCACCAUUAAACAGAUGAGACAGGGUGCUUUUCUCGUGAACACGGCUCGAGGCGGUUUGGUGGACGAGAAAGCGCUAGCUCAGGCCUUGAAGGAGGGGAGGAUACGAGGAGCGGCUUUAGACGUUCAUGAAUCGGAACCUUUCAGCUUUAGCCAAGGACCAUUGAAAGAUGCCCCCAAUCUCAUCUGCACCCCCCACGCGGCUUGGUACAGCGAGCAGGCCUCCAUAGAGAUGCGAGAAGAAGCAGCGAGGGAAAUCCGCAGAGCGAUCACAGGGCGAAUUCCUGACAGUCUGAAGAACUGUGUUAACAAAGACCAUUUAACCGCCGCCACGCACUGGGCCAGCAUGGACCCCGCUGUCGUUCAUCCGGAGCUUAACGGUGCUGCCUACAGGUACCCACCCGGUGUCGUAAGUGUAGCCCCCGCCGGCAUCCCUGCAGCAGUAGAAGGAAUAGUACCUAGCGCCAUGCCCUUAUCACACGGUCACCCCGCCGUGGCCCACCCGCCACACACCCCAUCUCCCGGCCAAACAGUCAAGCCAGAAGCGGACAGAGACCACCCAAGCGACCAGUUGUAGCCCGCGUGAAAGAGAAGAGUGUUUUCUGCAUCUGUAACUUCAACUCCAGAGAUGGCGUCGAGGGGGGGAGGGGAAAAGAGAAAAUGAAAAACCAAUAAAAAAAAAUGAAAUCUGGAUUUUGAAAAGAAGCAAAAAAAAUCUGAACUCACAAGCAGAACGUAAUUGUUUUUAGAAAUCGGUCCAAAUGUACAAUGUAACGAGAGAAGAGGAUUGCAGAAUUUUUUUUUUUCUUCCUCCAUCUAAAAUCGUAGUUUUGUUCCGGUCCGGCGGACGGAUCUCGAUGUCCUGUGUCCUAUUGGGUCCUUUUGUUAAGCAACGGAAGUUUAGUAGUUAAUUAUAUCAUGAAUGUACUUGUCUGUGUACAGUUUUUAGAACAUUUAAAAGGGUUUGUUUGCUUAGUUAUCAGCGUAAAGGAGGCCGUCGGCAAACCACUUUUGAAAUACAGAAAAAAAAAAAAUCUAAAAAAAAUAAAUAUUAAAAAAAAAUAUUUUCUUUUUAUAUGUUAAAACAUGCCCAGUAAACAAGGCGGUUGGCAGACUUCUCAGGACAAUACAUGACCCGUUUUUUCUUUCUAAGCCACACAGUGCAUUGUUUUUUCUACCUGCUUGUCUUAUAUAUAUUUUUUUUAAAUAAUUUAGUUACGACAAACUUUUUUUUUUUUAUUAUUAUUUUUUUUUUUUGGUUUGUUCCUGCCCUUUUAUUUGUGUGUCCUCCUUUUGGCAUGAAUUCCCCUAUAUCUGAUAAUUACAGCAUAAAAAAAAAGAGAUUUUUGAAGAAAGCAAGAUUUUUUUUUUAUAUAUAUAUAUAAACAGGCAAUCGGCUUCGUGUCACCAGUUAAAAAAACAAACAAAAAUAAUAUAUUAUUGGUGGUAUGCGGGAAAUAGACUACUGAAAGGUAGUGACAUUUCAUUGCCUACAUAGAUUCCUUCCUGGUAAUGUGGUAGGCUAGCAAUAUUUUUUUGGUUUAAAAAAAAAAAAAAGAAAAGAAAUCAUGUUUGUGAGUGUAACCAUUUGUAUGAAUUAUUUUAAAGAAAUAAAAUUCCCAGGCAAAUACCAGGCUGUAUUAAUUCCAUUCUUUGAAAUAAAACCACUUAAACCAG